AUGGAUACAAACGGAACGGAGAUCAAAGUGGACGCCAAACCUGUGGCCCGAUUCCAGCCGAGCGUUGUCUGCGAGACCGACGGCUGCGGCAAACGUUUCAUCAACGAAGAGGUGUUGCGUUUGCAUCGGAAAAGUCAUUUCACGCAACGGAUCCAAUGCUUGUCCGCCGGCUGUCAGUACGAGUCGGGCGAUCGGCGAGCGCUGGUCGAGCACAUGAAGUCCGAGCACCGGAUCGCGCCGUUUGUCUGCGUAUACGACACGUGCGGACAACUGUUUGACUCGCGGGACGGCUUCGAGACACACGUCCAGCGAAAGCAUUUGCAUAUAUUUAAGUGCCAUUCCGUCGGUUGCGGCAAAAACUUCUUCAGCGAACAGCACUUUGAAUGUCACGUCAAGAUAUGCGACACAACGUUGAACUGCAAUAUCCAGGGCUGUGACUACCGGUGCGAUCGCGUCCAACAGCUUAACGAUCACAUGAACGUUCAUUUGGUGGCCAAUCUGUCGCCGCCUAUACCACAGACAACGCCCAAACUUGCCAUCACUCGCGACCCGUACGGGUCGGGCGUCCAACUGAUCCGUCAGAAGUACUUAACCAAAGGCUACGGCAUUCAGAAGAAGAAGAAGAUGAAGACGAAGAAAAUGAAGCGCCAGUUUCGCUGCGAUCAGAGCGCCUGUAACUACCGGUGCGAUCGCGCCGUCGACUUCGCCCGCCAUAAGCGCACUCAUAAGCAACAGCAACGACAACAGCAGAAGCAACGGUUCCAAUGCGCGCACAUGUCGUGCGGCCAACAGUUCGCCGCCGAAGACACGCUGGAAGAGCACGUGAACGACGCGCACCGGGGGUUCCGCUGCGAGUUCGCCGGCUGUCACAAAGUGCUCAAAACGCGGCUCAGUCUUCGGCAACACAUGAAACUGCACACAAACACCGAGAAGGCGUUCCGCUGUCCGGCGCCGCUAUGUCAUAAGCUGUUCCGCACGAAAUACAAUCGCGACACUCACCACAAGCGCAUGCAUUCGGUGCGCGACGACCGCGUCUAUGUGUGCGAACGAGACGACUGUCUUUUCGCCACCAAUCAAUUGGCGGCGUUCAACGCCCACAAAGAGAGCCAUCGCGACCCACGCAACUACCCGUGCGUGUGGCCCGACUGCGGCAAACGGUAUCGCAAUAAGUAUCUGCUUAAAUACCACGCACUCACUCAUCAGCGGAUCAAUUGCGAGACACUUGGCUGUGGCUAUAGUUGCGUCGACAGCAAACAGAUGGCCGACCAUAAGGCCAAACAGCACUCGCCCGCCACCGCUGUUGCGGUCAAACCGAUUAUCGGCAGUAAAAGUCACAAGAUUUUCGCUAAUAAGUCACGCAAUAAACCCAUUGUGAAGAAGUCUCGGGUCGACUCACCCGCCAAAGACCGGCCGUCGAAAGACUGUGACUCUCAGUUGGAUCACAACAAAGACACGAUUAAACAUACGAAUACUCACAAACCAGUGGCCGCGUCGGCGGCGGUCAGCGCACCCCUAGUGGUCGCCCAUAAGACAGUCGCUCAUCCCAAAGACAUUAAGACAUCGUUCCGUUGCGGCCACGAGUCGUGUGGCAAGAGUUUUAUCACUGAACACACGCUUAACAAACACUUGACCGAAACGCACGCCAAUCGGGUGACAACGCCGACCACUGCCGCCCCCAUCACAGCGACCGCAGCGCCAAUCGCUGUGGGCUCUAAAUAUCGGUGCGAUUAUCCCGACUGUAAUAAAGUGCUCAAAACCAAAGCCAUUCUCUGCGAACACAAGAAGAUCCACGAGAACAGCGAGAAGCAGUUCCCGUGUCCGGUCACGGGUUGCGACAAACUGUUCCGCACGAAAUACAAUCGCGACACUCACGCCGUGCGCGUCCACCGGUCGGAGCGGCUGUUUGUGUGCGACUGGAAGGGCUGCCGCUUUGCCACCAAUCAGUUGCGUCCGUUUAACGCCCAUAAGGCCAGCCAUAGGGCCGGCGCAGCGCCGCCAAUACAGACAAAACCGUUGAACUGCCCGUCCGUUCGCGGCGACAAAACGGCGGCCAAAAGCCAACCAAUACUUCGCAAACAUAAUUGUGUCAAAUCGGGCACAACUGCGGCCAACACUCGUCACACACACAGCACUGCCACGAGUGCCGCGUCGGGAGCGGCGGUGACCUACCCGUGCAAACGGGCCAAUUGUCGGCAACGAUUUAAAACGCGUACCGAAUUAAACGCACACACGAAGAGUCACAACCGACGCAAGUAUAGGUGCGGUGCGAAGGGCUGUCCCUUCACGGCCGCCGACGCCUCCAAACUGACAAUACAUAAGCGAAAUAAACACGAGAAUAGGAAAUAA